GUUUUUCCUCCAAUUUUGUUUGAAAAGCCGCAUCUUCCCUGCGCCAGAAGAAUGUCGAGCGCUGAACUAGAAUUGCGUAUUUUCAAUAGCACGUCGCAGCGGUUUGUAAAUACUGUCUUACGAUCCACCACUACAUCAAAAAGAAAAAAUCAAGAGGAAUAAAAGGAGAAUGGCCUCGUCGUUCGCUUUCGGCGCCGCUUUCGCGUCCGUUUACUCUCUCGCACGGUACUCCAAGCACGUUGACCCUCCGGUAGACGAUUGGAAGCAUCACCACACCGGGCAUGAUCCAACCUCCGCGUCGGGAUCAUCUAUUUCAAGCAGCUCUUCAUCUAGAGCACCGUUGGCCCAGCCUCCUCCCGGGGCGGCGGUGAAGCAUCCAGCACAAUUCAUGCCGUCCCAAGUACUCCGGCAACAUCAACAUCAACAUCCCCGCGCCACCAAGUCGACCGCGGUGCGGUGGGCGCAGCUUCACCGCUUUUCCAAGCGUGUGUUUCUCUGCGGUGUUACGACGGGAUUAUUGCAUUUUCUGUUCACGAAACGCUACCACUACUUCUCGUCCCUCGCGUUAGACCGCUUGAAGGACGACAAAGCCCUGAUGAACUUCGCCGAUUUCGCCCCGCCCGUACCGGGGAUGAAGCCGAUUCCGGUGGAGGAGAUGGGGGACGGGGAAACGCUGGAGGAAAUUCAGGCGGAGGAGCAGCGCUUGUUAAAAGAGCUGGAACGGAACGACCGGGACAGGAAACGAUUUGCGGUCUGGACGUCGUGAAAUUAUUUGUUCCUCAGACGGCUGCUGGUGGGCAACGUUUUCGUUUGCUCUUGUUUUCUUCAUUCAGAGCAGGGACAUUCAAAAAUAAAACCGUUCUACUUCAAAAGAUUCCGCAUGUUUCUGGCUGGUACGUGUGGUAUUUGGUCAUGAACACGACAAGGAUUCGUCAGAAGUUUCUCUCUACCUCCUGUUGUUGGCGUGUGUACAAAACUGCACGAUUUUUGUUGGUGCGUGCUUGGUAGGUCGUGACACUGCUGUUCUAUUGAUGCUGCAAAAAAUAAAAAAGCUGUCGCAAAAAUAAACUUGGAGACUGUUUUUAUCGGAAUACUUAUCCAGAGAGUAAGUAGCUGAGGCGAGCGAAUGAAUUAUGCGCUUUGAUAAAGAACGAUGACGAUCAGUCGAGAAGUAGAUCAUCUCGGAUAUCAAGAAUAUAGAAGCGUAAAAACUACCCUUACCGUACAAAGCAGAACCACCAUGCGAACUUUUAUGUAUGCCGCGCUGUCUGUCGGCGCGGUGUACCCCUUUGCACGGAUGCUACAGUCUUUUGAGCCCAGCAUGAGCACGCCGCAGAAGCUGCAGCGGUACCGACUUUUCGCCGGGGGCUUGCUCCUCUGCGGGGUCAGCGCCGUCGGCCUGAAAAUGCUAAAGGACUGGAACGCAGAGCGGAUGAAGGUGCGGCAGCCCCCCGCGCAGGAGAAGGGCCGAAGGCUCACCUUAGAGGAAGUGGAGCGGCAGAGCCGGGCGCAACUGGAAGCUUCGCCGGUAAGUCCGCAGGUUCAGCUCCAGGAUUUGGGGGGCGAAGAGUGGGCCGCGGUCAGACAGGAAGCGCAAAGACUGUUAGAAGAAAGAAAUACUAUUAACCGGGCAGUGUCAACAUAGUGCAAAUUAAUUUGGAUGUCUGUCUCAUUAUAAGUAUCAGGUUGUAGCACAUACCCAAACAU